AUGAGACUUUUUGAGCGUUGGAAGUUCGGUACCGUGUCGAGCUGUAGCGAUGCCGAGCCUGUACCUAUCAUGCCGCUCGGGCAAGUGAUUCAGAAGAAAUUAGAGUUGGAAGUGACAGAAUCAAACAGUAAAAUAGAGGAACUUCAGGGAGUUCUGGAUUCCACUAAUUUUGAGAUCACUGCAUUUCUUAAAUUCUUUAAUGAACUAUCAAAGAUGCGUCUCGAUGCUGCUUCUGAUGCAAGUGCAACCUUUGGCAGUGUGGAUCAUCUUCCACAUAUAGAUGACACUGAUGAACUUGAUAUCCACAAGAUGGAAGAGGCAAGACUCACCUACAUUGCAGCUGUUGCUACUGCAAAAGAAAACCCCAGUGAAGAGUCUUUAGCGGCGGCCACUGAGGAUUCUGAUGGAAUUCUGUGUUUGAGUGUUAAAGUCUUGUAUGAAGCAUGA